AUGGGAGACUGGAACUUCCUUGGUGGGAUCUUGGAGGAGGUCCAUAUUCACUCCACCAUGGUAGGCAAGAUCUGGCUUACUAUCCUAUUCAUCUUCCGGAUGCUGGUGCUGGGCGUGGCUGCUGAGGAUGUGUGGAACGACGAACAGUCCGACUUCAUCUGCAACACGGAGCAGCCUGGCUGCCGUAACGUCUGCUACGACCAGGCCUUCCCCAUCUCCCUGAUCCGGUACUGGGUGCUCCAGGUGAUCUUUGUGUCCUCGCCCUCUCUGGUGUACAUGGGCCAUGCCAUUUACCAGCUGCGCGCUCUGGAAAAGGAGCGACACUGCAAGAAGGUGGCGCUGCGCCGGGAGCUGGAGGCUGUGGAUGCAGAAAUGGUGGAGGUGAAGAGGAGGAUUGAGAAGGAGAUGAGACAGCUGGAGCAGGGGAAGCUGAACAAAGCCCCCCUGAGGGGUUCGCUACUGUGCACCUAUGUAGCUCACAUUGUCACUCGCUCAGUGGUGGAGGUCAGCUUCAUGACAGGACAGUACAUCCUCUACGGACACCGCCUGAACACACUGUAUAAGUGUGAGAGGGAGCCGUGCCCCAAUGUGGUGGACUGCUUCGUCUCCAGACCCACAGAGAAAACCGUCUUCAUGAUGUUCAUGCAAGUCAUUGCCUGCAUCUCCCUGUUUCUCAGCCUACUGGAGAUCAUGCAUCUGGGCUUCAAGAAAAUCAAGAAGGGCAUCUUGAACUACUAUCCUCACCUCAAGGACGACCUGGACGACUACUACGGUAGCAAGUCCAAAAAGAACUCUGUUGUACAUCAGGUGUGCAUUGGAACUUCAGUGGGUCGCAAGAGUACGAUUCCCACUGCUCCCAGUGGAUACACGUUACUGCUGGAGAAGCAGGGCAAUGGACCCAACUACCCCCUCCUCAGUGCUUCCUCUGCCUUCGUCCCAAUUCAAGGGGAUCCCGGUGCAAAGCCGGAGGGCCACAAGAACGUCAAGGAGGGAGUGCCAAGCCCCACGGAGCAAAACAGCAACUCCAACAAUACCAGCAGUGAGACACGCUCGCCUCCUAUGGACAAACAUGACGAACCGGAGGAUCUCUCCUCACCCCACCAAGAUGACCUGGAGUGUGGGAGCUCAGAGUACCCCACUCUGCCCGUGGCAGACACCUCCUCCUCCACCACGUUGUCGGGCAUUGCAAGGAAGACACGGCGGCUCAGUCCACCGUGGAACUGCUCGACGGUGGUUGAGGGGAACUGUUCAGACAGUGGAGACUCCUACCAUGGAAACAGCAGCAUGAAGCUACGCAGCAGCUGCGCCGGCCCCAGAGCAAGGAUCGUCUCUAAGUCGGACUCAAAGAGGCCGAGCAGGUCCCAGAGCCCAGACUCUGUAGGGGAACUGAGCUCAGUGUCUCGACACAGCCGGGAGAGUAACAGUCCUGUCACUUCUUCACCGAACCGAAGAGUGUCAGCGGCGAGCAGCGGGAGCAGCAGACGAGCCCCGACUGACUUACAAAUUUAAAUCAGACUUAAUUUAAAUGUGCUAAAAGUCCUGAUCCAGUCCUUUAUUUAUAUUUUU